UCACUAUGGAUACCGGAUGCUGCGGAGAGGGACCGGUGCGAGUUUCUGAACUUCUCAGGUUAUUGGUUGACGUUGUACGAAGUGACAGGGCUGCCCCAGUAGUCUGGUUUAAGGAGGGCAGCCAAAGAAAUCUGAAGAGCAGAGACUUCCUGAUGCCAAAGGGCGCCCUCAAUAAAAUCUUCCAUGGAGAAGAGGUUCCUGAAGAUCUCCUUAACAAGCUGACCUCACUAAAAGUCUCGGGUGUAUUACCGAUCCAAAGAUGUCUGCAGAACGAAGCUGGACUUCUUGUUCAACUGGACAGACCUGCCGUGUUCCAGAGUGUUCUCACAGACUUCUCUCUGUACAUGAAGCCGGUGCCCUCCGAUAAUGGGGAAAACUCAGUUGUACUGAACUGUGCUCCUCUGCACAGCUGUGAGGGGUUAAAUGCACUCAAACUGAGCCAUUUGAGGGCUGUCUUAGUGGCAGAUCACCUGGCUGAGCUCCUCCGACUCGCGGGAGCACAAGUCCACUUAGUCCCAAAACUGCGUAAUACUGAACUCCAGUUAUUUUUGCACCAGCUGGGAGUCUCUUGGCCAUUUGAACCAGAAGCACUGUGUGUGCAGGAGGAAAUAACGGCAUUUAAGAAAUACCUUAAAGAGAGGGAUCAUGUUAACAGCCAUGACCUGGAGCAGCCUCUAAAUGUAACAGACGAUGACUUGAAGCAAGUGGCAGAGUUGCAGAGAGCUGUGCAAGAAAGCCGGGUAGAGGGGACGCACUGCGCACUGCUGCAUGUAGUCAGCUAUGAGAAGGAGUUCCAUCAGCAGAAGCUAGACCGUCUCUUCACAAUGCUGGAUUCUGGUGAUAGUGCACCUGACCAGAAACAUCUCAUCUGUGGACCUGUAAAAGUUCUGAGCUCCUCCCCUGCUGUUAGCUGCUCCGAGUAUUACCAUCUACGAAAGACACAGAUGCUUGACGCCUCGGUCAUGAAGUACGGAGACCUUCUUCAAGGUGACAGCUUGGAGGAAAUAAUCUGUUCUUUAACGGCAGCAGCUAUUAAAUUUGAAAUGAUGGCAACAGCACAGCGCAGCCAGGUAACGUUGGAUUUAGAAGACAGCAGCAUCACAACCAAAGGGACAAAGAGUGGGGCAUUUGUGAUGUAUAACUGUGCUCGCCUUGCCACCAUGUUCGACAGCUACAAUAUGGCAGUCAGCCAAGGUUUCUACCCAGAAUUCCCCCCAGCUCGAGAACUAAAUUAUUCAACCCUAAAAGAAGAGGGUGAAUGGCUCCUUCUGUUUAAUUAUAUCAUGACAUUCCCAGAGGUCCUCUCUCAGUCUGCACAGAUAUUACUGACGUCCUCUGGGAGCCGGGUCACAGCCAGCACAGAUGCAGUGUGUAAAUUCCUUGUGAACCUCAGUAUGGAUUUCAGCUCCUACUACAACAGAGUGCACAUUCUAGGGGAGCCUCUGCCGCAUCUGUAUGGACAGAUGUUUGCGCGGUUACAGCUGAUGAAGGCGGUGCAAAGCUUGCUGCAUGCUGCACUGGGAACCCUGCAUCUCUCCCCACUAACAAAGAUAUAAAUCUGCUCCAGUCUGACCACGAUGGAUCAUGCAUCAGUGGCCGUGGAGCCAUAAAGGGCAAUGGAGAGGAUGGAAUCCCUAAAACGUGCCAAAGCAACAAAUGUACAGAAAUAAUCCUAUUUAUAGACAUAUAUGUAUAUUAGAGACGGAUGCGAUAACUUAUUUUGCAUGUAGAAAGCAUGCUUUAAGAUAUGUCAUAUUGACUAAUUUUCACCAAAACCCUUUCUAGCCUCACCAAUACCUGUGCUGUUCUAUGCAACAGAUUAAUUGAAGCUCACUCAGCUCGAAUAUUCAGUGAAUCUAGUGAACCUGGACAGGACAUUAGUGAAUUUAGCCCUCUGUGUUUUUGUUGUUAUUUCAGUGAAAGAAUAUUGUGGAAUAUGCUGCAAGAGGAUCUGCAAUUAUACUAAAAAGGAUAUAAAUUGUCAUAUAGAGAGAUGUGUCUAAUAUCAGACGCAGAUUCCCUUACAUUAGAGUUAUGUAUUUGCAGUCACUUUCCUCUCAUCUGACUGCACGUUUUAUAGUGGCAGUGGCACACAGAGGGUUACAGAGUGUGAAGAAGAUGUUAAUACAUAAUAUAUAAACCCAGUCACAACCAGAGUCUCAUGUCACGUCCUCUCAUCUCACAUUACGUCUUCUCAUGUCACGUCCUCUUAUGUCAUGUGCUCUCAUGUCAUGUGCUCUCAUAUCACUUCAGGUCCUCUCAUGUAACGUCCUCUCAGAUCACGUCCUCUUAUGUCAUGUGCUCUCAUGUCACGUCCUUUCAUGUCACGUUACGUCCUCUCAGAUCACGUCCUCUUAUGUCAUGUGCUCUCAUGUCACGUCCUUUCAUGUCACGUUACGUCCUCUCAGAUCACGUCCUCUUAUGUCAUGUGCUCUCAUGUCACGUCCUUACCCAAUGUCAGGCCUCCUUCAGCUUUGAUGAAUUCUAGUCACUGCUGUGUCACAAAGCCUUUUGGCCUUGUAGCUUUUGUCAGGAUACUGUUAUAUCCCAGGAAUAAACCAAUGCAUAUACAGUACUGAGAUACAGGUAACUAUUAUAUGUACAAGUGUAUCACAGUUUUAUACACCAGCACUCUUAGAUUGUGCCUAGAAUGGGGUCUCAUUACAUUACAGUAUUUGUUUUGUUCUAAAAAUGCAUUUUAACAGUUUGUCUAAAGAUAAGACCGUACGUCAAAUCCACAGGUUUACACCGCACUUGUUGUUUUACCCUAAACAUACAUCAGUGCAUUUAAAGCCAUCUGCCACCGAAUAUAGUUUAUUUUAGCAUUUAUGUAUUCCGUUCUUACAACAAAUAAAUAGUACUUUUUAUAAAAAAA